AUGGCAGCAUCACAGACGAUCGUCGAUACAGGAGGAAACGUGACCCAGUCUGGUUUGCGGGAGUUCGUCGAAGGAUGGACACUGGCACAGACGCUCGGCGAAGGAGCCUAUGGAGAGGUGAAACUACUCAUAAAUCGGCAGUCUGGUGAAGCGGUUGCGAUGAAAAUGGUUGACCUUAAGAAGCACCCGGAUGCGGAAAGUUCGGUGAAGAAAGAAGUUUGCAUUCAGAAAAUUCUACAACAUCACAACAUCCUGAAGUUUUUUGGCAAACGAACACAAGGUGACAUCGAGUACAUCUUUCUGGAGUAUGCCGCCGGUGGAGAAUUGUUCGAUCGGAUAGAACCCGACGUUGGAAUGCCUCUCCCGGAAGCACAGCGAUACUUCAAUCAAUUACUGGCGGGUGUAGAUUAUCUGCACACCCGAGGGGUGGCUCAUCGUGACCUGAAACCAGAAAACUUGCUGCUGGACGAGCACGACAACGUGAAGAUAUCGGACUUCGGAAUGGCCACCAUGUUUAGAAUGAAAGGCCGUGAGCGGUUGCUAGAUAAAAAAUGCGGAACGCUUCCGUAUGUAGCUCCCGAAGUACUGGUCAAACCAUACCGCGCCACACCAGCUGAUCUGUGGUCCUGUGGAAUCAUCCUAGUCACGAUGCUCGCAGGAGAAUUACCCUGGGAUCAACCUUCGUCCGGAUGUGCGGAGUAUCUCUGCUGGAAGGAGAACAAAUACACUACCUCAACACCCUGGUGCAAGCUGGAUACACUUACGCUAUCGCUAUUGCGAAAGAUUCUUGUGGCAAAUCCGACCCAACGGCUAACGCUAGACAAACUUCAGGAUCACAAAUGGUGCCAAACACAAUUCCACCUUCAAGGUAUUGCCGACAUCAGCGCGAACAACGGUGGUGCUGGUGGUGUCGGUGCAGGAGGCCUCGAUUUGAUCGACGGAAGACCAUCACCACUCGCGAAACGGCUCUGUUCGAAUCAAGACAUCUCGAGUCCGCUGGAUGAUUCCACCUCACGCAUGUGCCAAUCUCAGCCUGUUCCAAUGAUCGUGCACACUGAGGUGAACGGCGUGGAGGAAGCGAUCGAGGCCCGGAACGGGUUCUGCUUCUCCCAACCAACAAUGCUGGACGAUCUGAUCCUGUGCACGCAGCUGAACCCCACGCAGAGCGUCAGCACACAGCAGCAGCAGCAGCAAAAUCCAUUCCAACGGCUGGUGCGCCGUAUGACGCGGUUCUUCGUUUCGACGAGGUGCGACGAAACGCUUAAGCGGUUGUCGGCAGCGUUGGAGAAACUUGGCUACAGCUGGAAGUCGAACGAUGAGGGCGUCAUAACGAUAUCGACCAUCGACCGGCGGAAGCUGCAGCUCACCUUUAAGGCCAUCAUUGUCGAGAUGGAUGGCAAGAUACUAUGCGAUUUCCGUUUGUCGAAGGGCUGCGGAUUGGAGUUUAAGCGCAGGUUCAUCAAAAUCAAGCAAAGCCUGGCGGAUAUCGUGAUGAAAGGUCCGGUUACCUGGCCGAUCGCGAUCGCGACCAACUCUGUGCCUUAGAGAUAUAUAUUUUUUGAGGAUGCCAUUUGUAUUAGUAGCUUUGAUUGAGUGAUGCUUUAUUGAAAGAGAAAGCGAGAGAAAGGAUUAUUAUUAAGGGGAGGAAAGAAGUUCUCUAGAUAAUUUUCCAUUUUCCGGUGUGUAUCAUACUGCAGUGCAGAUUUGCGUGAGAAGAGCGCGAUGUACGAGGGGCAUUGCAUAGGUGUGUGUGUGUGAUGCACCGGCGCUUCAAUGCGCUCUGUGAGCGCAGGAAUAACGUCCUGUUUUUAUAGUGCCAAGAUUCGCAAUGUGUGGAACACGAAGCAAGAAAAGAGGAACACAAUAGCGUUGGUAAAGAGGGAAAGAAGUGAAGUUGAUAAUGUUACUAGGUGGGAGAAAAGGAUCAACAAGCAUAUAAAAACUUUCAGUGUUCAAGGGGCACUAUGUUGCGUAAAGGUGUUUUUAAAAUAUGACAUAGAUGUUACAUGACAGUGAAGAAGCAAAAACACCGCGAGCGGGUUUAAACGCAGGAAUCUUUUUUGUACAUCUUUUUUAUGCAAACAGCAGUGCAUUCAGGGCAUACAUUGGGCAGAAUCGGUAGAAGAAGCGCUCCAGCGAAUCGAAGCAAACGGUUGUAAAGCAAAAAUAAAAACGUGUAAAUCAUUUAACGGAGUUUUACAUACUCCCUAUAGAGCUUCCUUCCAGUUUUACACGGAUGUAUAAGUAAAAAAUAAAACACAGUUACAACAUUUUUAAACUUACUACAAACUUUACAUCUCUUACAGAAGGGAAGGCUCGGAAAAUUGCGAAAUUGAUAACCUUAUUAUAGACAGGUGCUAAAGAAUGUUUGAAAGUUAUAACACGCGCUGUGGAACAAAACAAACGGGAAUUGUUGGGCUUAAGGGGGGAACCAUUUUUCUGUUUCAAAUCGAUGUAAACAAUAAGUAUACACGAUAUUUUUUUAUAUUUUGAUUUUAUCCAUCUUCACGCUAUACCCUAAUUUUGAUUGCUGCUCUCUACUGUUCAAAUUUGAGCUGUUAGUUUCAAUAGGUUAAAUACACUAAACGCGAACAGCUGAUCUUGUUUAGGAGAAUCUAACCUGAUAGGGUUUUUUUGUUAUACACUCAAAGAUAGCAAUUUCACUACAUUCUAAGCAUUACUAACAACUUUUUAUUUACUUAUCUACUACAUUCUACGUUAUACCAACGAUGCUGAACCUUUCUUUGUGGUUAAUAAAUAAAACACGAAAAACAUGAUGAUUUGAGU